GUUUUACUUCAAUAUUGCAUCCUCCAGAUUUAAUUACCAUGUAGUCCGUUUUUCGACAUACUGCAUCGUCACACAGUUUUAGAAAUUAAAAAAGAAGACAUUAUGACCAUUCGAUUACUCAUUCAUUCACCGACCGGUCAGUCGCAACCAAUCUUGUUCAUUCGUUUUUCGUGUGCAGCAUCGUCAACAUCGUAUCCUGUUAUAGUUGAUCGUGAAUUAUAAUUACACAUUAAAAACUGUACGAAACAUGGGAAAACGUAAACACAAACAUAAUGACAAGGAUAUUCGUCGCAAAAUUCGACGUUUGGAGGAUAAAUUGCGAUACAAUAGGCGCAAAGAUAUGGAUCGAAGAUCUGACUCCUCGAUGUCAGGUUCAUCACAAAGCUCUUACUAUGAUAGACAAUCACCAGAUGUCGAAUAUGUUGAAGGCAGAAAUAGCGAGUAUGGCGAAGACGAGAUGUUUCGUGAAGAAGCCUUUAUGGAAGACGAGAUUCAUGAUAGUACUCGCGGCUUGGCAUCUCAAGUGCAGCCAGUGAUGAACAGCCGCAUAGCGAGCCCCUUGCCUCAGAUCGCAGUGGCGCCAGCGCCAGCUCCAGCGACAGCGCCAUCUUUGCCGCUAAUACCUACCGUACCGCCGGAACAUGCCGCUUCGGUCCAAACUAACCCCGCUCAGUCUGUACUAGAGCUCCCGAUACACGUGUUACACGCUGACACGGGUACCCGUGUUCUUAAGCCCGGCGGGCUUAAGAACCCGAACUACACGAACCCGCCCGGAUUCGGAAACGUUUACACGGAUAUAGAUAAAUCUACAACCGCACUCCCGCAAGAGAUCCUAUGUAUACUGGGAGAGGCAAAAAAGCUAGACGAACCACUCGGUGAGUGUAUUCCUGAUGAGCUCUCUGAACGCUGGGGGAAAAUAUUAACGGACGGGCUGGCCAAGGAAGUGAAGCAAUCUCUCGUGGAUAAAAUACUGAUGCCUAGUAAUUUUUUACUAGCCCGAGCGCCUAAGUUAAAUCCGGAGGUGGCAGCAGUCAUUAAUGAAUCAGCAAAAAAUCGUGACAUGCGUUUAGAAAAAGCUCAAAAUCAACUGGGCCGGGGCAUCGCUGGACUUGCCAAUUUAGCAAAUGAUCUUAUAAAAUCAGAGUUGGAUAAACUUGAUAUCAUCAAGAAAAUUUCGGAAGUUACCCAAGUCCUGCUAGACCUUCAUUAUGAAGAAUCAAUCAACAGGAACAAACUCCUAGUUCCGUUGUUAGAUAAGAAGUUCUGGAACACAAUAAAAGGGGUUAAAAGAGACGAAUAUCUCUUUGGUGAAAAACUGGCCGGGAAACGCGAGAGCAGCACCAGCACCGACGACGGGCAGAUACUACGAGCCUCAGUCCUCGACGUCGGCGAGGAGGACGACUUCGAGCCAGCGUCGCGGGCGUCACUACUCGAGCAACAGGGCGCACGAGCGGAGCCGGCGUUAGAGAGAGUGUCACCCCCUUUGGCGCAGCCUUACCCUGGCGUGCGCAGUGUUAUACGACAAGCCUACGUAAAACGCGGCAUACCGGAUGAUUGUAUUGAAAUAAUGUUACAAUCUUUAUCAAAGAAUACUCUUACUCAAUAUAAUGUAGGGUUAAAACAAUGGUUCGAGUUUUGUCAGGUGAAUAAUAUUGAUUUGUAUAAUGGUUCUGUAGCUGACAUCUUAAAAUUUCUAACAGAAAAGUACCAUGCAAACGCCAGCUAUGGCACAUUAAAUUCCUUUCGAUCCAGCUUAUCCUUGAUUAUGGAUAAAGACCGAUGUAAUAAUGAUUGUGUUUCGAGGUUCCUAAAAGGCGUUUUCAAAAGUAAACCGUCCUUUCCUAAAUAUAAUUCUAUAUGGGACCCUAAUUUAGUCUUGGAUUACCUGUCUGGUUUCUUUCCUAAUGAGUCGCUAACGAUAGAAAAUUUGACAAAGAAAUUGGUAACUCUUCUCGCGUUGUCAACGGGACAACGUGUGCAGACGUUAUCUUUAAUAAAUGUUGCAGAUAUUCAGAUACAAGAGUCCCGUAUUGUUAUUGUCAUUAAUGAGAUUAUUAAAACAUCUGCGCCUAACAGACAUAAUCCAAGACUGACUCUACCCUUUUUUAAGGAAAAGGCCACUAUUUGUCCAGCAUCAGCAUUAUCCUGUUACAUAGAAAGAACGUGUAAAUUUAGAUCCACUAUAAACUCGAACAAAUUGAUCUUGACAAUCAAAAAACCUAUUCACAAUGCUAGUCCCCAAACUAUCAGCCGCUGGAUAAAGCAAACGCUAAGUAACAGCGGAGUGGACACCAAGACGUUCACCGCUCAUAGCACCCGGCACGCCUCGACGUCCUCAGCUAGCCGAUCUGGUAUUUCCACUGAUAUAAUUCAAAGAACAGCGGGGUGGUCGGGAAAUUCUCUUUGUUUUGCCCGCUUUUACAAUCAACCACUAAUAAAUACACAGGAAGAUUGUAUUUUUGCUCGAGCUGUAUUAAAUAGUUGAACUAGGUUCAUUAUCAUAAUUGAUUAGUUGAAUAAUCUGUAAUUAUCAUUAAUAUGCUGAAUAAUAUUGAAACAUUAUUUCUGAUUAACUUUGUAUACCUACAAUUGCAUAAUAAUAAUAAUAAACUUAAAUUUAUUAAUUAUUAUGUUGCCUUUCAUUCUGCAACCAGCGCUAAACAUCUACAUGGUAAUUAAAUCUGGAGGAUGCAAUAUUGAAGUAAAAUUUAUGGUUAAAAGAACUUACCUAAGUGAAUUUCAACCAAAAUUUUACGAAAUAUUGCAUCCGAGAGAUUUAAUAUCCCGCCAACCCCAAAGAAUAAAGAACCCCAUGAUGCAGAAUAAAAGUCAGGGCUAAGAAUUAUAGCUCUAAAACAAAUGAACAAGAUUGGUUGCGACUGACCGGUCGGUGAAUGAAUGAGUAAUCGAAUGGUCAUAAUGUCUUCUUUUUUAAUUUCUAAAACUGUGUGACGAUGCAGUAUGUCGAAAAACGGACUACAUGGUAAUUAAAUCUCUCGGAUGCAAUAUUUCGUAAAAUUUUGGUUGAAAUUCACUUAGGUAAGUUCUUUUAACCAUAAAAAA